CAACCGAACACUGCGCGCCUCGACCAGGAUAAUCGUCAUUGCAGGUGUGCGCCAGGGCUCUGUCCUGAGGUGGACCCAUCGUGGGGGGCAUCGACAGAGGAGCUUGGGCCUCGGGAGGUGGCAGACCCCACGGAGGAGGUCCUCCGGGCGACGUUGGUGCAGGGAGAGUUGAGGGAGCAGGAGGGAGCUGGCAGAUGGUUCCGGAGGGCCGGCAGAGGGCUAGGAAGGGGCUCUGGGAGGCGGAGACUCGAAGGUAGCACUGGGAGGUGACGAUGAGUCUCUGGGGCCGCUGGGAGGUGACGAGGGGUUACUAGGGGGCGAUGAGGAGGCACUAGGGGGUGACGAGGAGUCUUUGGGGCCACUGGGAGGCAACGAGGGAGCCCCGGGGCCACUGGGACGUGGAGACUCAGAGGGAGCACUGGGAGGAGGAGGCAAUGAGGAAUCACUAGGGGGCAAUGAGGAGGCACUGAGGGCACUAGGGAGUGACAAGGGACCACAGGGAGAGGAGGAGAACCCACUUAAAGGUGCGGGCCACGCAAGGUAUCCCAUGAUGCAUUGUGCCACCAGCAACAGCAAUUAAACCACAUUUUUAUUUGUCACAAAAAUUAGUUUUAAGAUGGUGAAGGUAAAAACAUAGACUCCAAAGCUUCAUUUAUACAAUCAGUUCAUCAAGGAAGAGGCUACUUUCAGCUAAUUAAAGCUCGUAUUGACUAGUUUUUGGCAUUUACAUUUUAAUAUAUAAAACUGCAUCGUGAGUGAGUUGCAUGCAAAUGACUGUUUCACAAAAAAAAACAGUGAACAAACUAUCACUGCUUUCCAUAUAUUACGUUGAAGUUUGAGCAGAGAAACAAAUAACAAGCAGGAGCCAGGAACUGUUUCAAACAAGUAUUUUCUUUUUAUUUAAGUCGUUUCUAGUUUUAAAAAAUACUUUCUUUCUUUCGCACUGCAUGCUGGGAGUUGGUGGAGGAGCGUGUGGUGAGUGGGCUGAGAGAUUGAGAAUUUUCUGACUUUGUUUUCCCUGUCUUUAUUGGGGGUUUUUGGAUAUUGUUCUUUAAAUAUUGUGGUUGUGGAGUUAGAUUACGUAUUUUUGGUUAUUUUUCUGUGUGUCAUACCGGCAUUUUGGCGCAAAAUGCCGGACAUGGACUUGACAAAACUAACGAGGCAACAUGGUUUAAAGAUAAUACCUAAUAGUCCUACUAUGACGGUGGAGGAAUGUAGUUUGGCGGUGGGAGAAAUUGUAGGCUGUAGCAGCAUUAAAUCUGCUGCUCGGAUGAACAGCGCGGUGGUCAUUUUUGUUGACAGCGUGGAGAAGGCAAACAAAGUGAUCGAAAAAGGCAUUGUUGUGAACGAUGUGUUUUUGUCCGUUUCCCCAUUGAGUACUCCAGCGAAAAAAGUUACGAUUGCGAACAUACCGCCGUUUAUCAGUGACGAAUUGUUGGUGAGAGAGCUGUCGCGCCAUGGGAAAAUUGUUUCCGCGAUUAGAAAAAUGCCGUCGGGUUGUAAAUCACCGCAGCUGAAGCACGUUGUUUCACACAGAAGACAGGUCCUCAUGAUCCUGAAUAAAAAGAAUGAAGAACUUAACUUAGUUCUUAAUGUGCGAGUGGACGAGUUUGAUUAUGCCAUUUAUGUAAACUCGGGCACAUUGGUGUGUUUUGGUUGCGGGGAAGUUGGUCACUUGGUUCGGGUGUGUCCUGGAAAAAAUCUCCCUCCUGAUAAUUCAGCGCAAACUCAAAAUAAAGAAAGCGAAAAAUUGACAGAUCAAGCUGAAGUUUCAGAGUCAAGGAGCGCAGUGACAGUAGAAACGGAAGGGCAAACGUCUGAAAAAGAUGAUCACAGGGAAAGAGAAGUACAAGAGAUGUGUGCGUUAGAGGACGGAGAACAAAUACUGAAAAGUCAAACGGUGGACGAUUCACAGGAAAGGCAGGAAGGUAAUAGUGAGGAGGGACAGAGUCCGAGUUUACUAAAGUCUCUUCAGGGGGAAACAGAUACUGAGGAAAUGGAAGAUGAGGGCUGCAGUCAGACACUAGAGGAAGAUGCCUUGGAAUUUUCUCAAAAAAGGAAAUUGUCUGAAAGUAUUAUUGGUUCUCAAACGGAAAAUGAUGAAAGAGAUACGGAAUUAGAAUGUUCUGGAAAAGUUCUAGAGUCAGAAAGUAAUAUAGAUGAAGAAGAGGAAGGUGAAGAUGAAGGUUGGACUGAAGAUAGUUUGGCCUCAUCUUGCAAAUCCAUUGUUCAAAGUCAACAAAGGAAAGGUUAUGGUGUGAUAAAUAUAAAACAUUUUUUAAAAGUUACUAAGAAUAUGAAAAAUGUAAAAGUGGAAGAUUUUUUUCCUGACAAGAAACUGUUUUUCAUGCAUGUGAGAUCUCAGUUGAACAAUAAAAGAAAAGGGGGAUACAAUGAUAAAGAAGUUUACCGGUUAAAAAAAUUAAUUGGAAAACUUAAGCAAGAAUUCAACAACAACGAUGAGUUUGACGUUUAAAUGUCUGUUUUUUUCUUUUAGUGUUUUUUCUCCUAUCUUUGAUAAUGAGCCACUUCAGAGUUUCUACUUUAAAUCUGAAUGGAGCCAGAGAUGCGAAGAAGAGAAUCAGCGUGUUUGAAUUAAUGAAUUUAAAACAUAUAAAUGUGUUAAUGGUACAAGAAACACACAGUGAUUGUUUAAAUGAAAUAGAUUGGAGGAGGGACUGGGGAGGAGAAAUUAUUUUGAGUCAUUUAAAUCAGGCCAGUGGGGGAGUUGCAAUUCUGUUUUCGAAAAAUUUUCUACCUGUAUCUUAUCAGUUUGAGGAAGUAAUCAAGGGUAGAUUAAUGGUGGUGAAAGCAAAAUAUGAGUGUUUUAAUAUUGUGUUUGUAAAUAUUUAUGCUCCCAAUACAAGAGUAGGGAGGAUUGGUUUGUUGCAUGAACUUGAAGAUGUUUUGUGUAAGUGUGACACGGAUGAUUUUCUUUUUUUGGGUGGAGAUUUUAACUGUACAGAAAAUGAUCAGUUAGAUAGGAAUCAUUUUGAACCUCAUCCAGCUUCGACAACGUUCUUAAAACAUUUGAUUGAUUUAUUUUCAUUGGUUGAUAUAUGGAGAGAAAUGCACACUCAUAAAAUACAAUAUACAUGGGCUAGAAACACAGAUAAUUGUUUUUCUGCAGCUAGGUUGGAUAGAAUAUAUAGUUUUAGACAUAAUUUUGGAAUUUUUCAAAACUGUAGUAUCCAUCCUGUAAGUUUUUCAGAUCAUGCUUUGGUUUCUUGUAGUGCUUUUAUUGCAAAUAUCAAACAUAAAUCUGCUUAUUGGCAUUUUAACACUGCUUUGUUAUUGGAUACUAAUUUUAAAGAAACGUUUAUUGCAUUCUGGAGUAUGCAUAAAACUAGAAAAUAGGAUUUUGCAUCUUUAGGGCAGUGGUGGGAUCGGGGGAAAAUUGAAAUUAAAGAACUUUGUCAACAGUACACUGUCAAUGUUUCAUCUAGUUUAACCAAGUCUAUUAGAGAUCUGGAGAUUGAAAUAGUGGAGUUGCAGACUUCUGCACAAUCCACAGGAGAUCGAGGUCAGUUUGAGAAUCUCAAGUCGAAAAAAGCUGCUUUAGCUGAUUUGCUGGGCUCAAGAACACAGGGAGCGCUGGUUCGAUGCCGAUUUCAGAAAGUUGCUUUAAUGGAUGCGCCGACAAAGUUUUUCUUCUCUUUGGAAAAGAAGCAAGGACAGAGCAAGUUUAUGCAUGGUUUGAAAUCAACUACGGAUGUUCUUUUGACUGCAGACAGUGACAUCAGGCGGAGAGCAGCGGAUUUCUAUGCGGAUCUGUACAGCUCGGAAUACAGCGAGGAUGAAGACAGUUUCAACGACUUCUGCAGUGAUCUUCCAAGAGUCUCUGUGGAUUUUGCCAAGGAGUUGGGAGAGCCCAUGACUUUGGAGGAGAUUCAUGCUGCUUUGCAAAGUAUGGAAGGUGGGAAAGCACCUGGCAUCGAUGGACUUCCCAGUGAAUUUUACAGAGCGUUCUGGUCUGACCUCUGCGUUGACCUCUUGGAGGUUUUUGAGGAAAGUUUUGCUGAAGGAUUUCUACCACAGAGCUGCAGGAGAGCAGUUCUCACAUUGCUACCAAAGAAAGGUGAUCUCCAGGAGAUUAAGAACUGGCGACCUGUUUCACUGUUGUGUACAGACUAUAAACUGUUGUCAAAGGUGCUGGCAAACAGACUGAAAAAGGUGAUGGAGCAGGUUGUUCAUCAAACGCAAACCUACUGUGUCCCUGGCAGGUCGAUGAUUGAUAAUAUUUCUCUUAUUAGAGAUGUUUUGGACGUCUCCAGAUCAUUGGGAUGUAACACUGGUUUAGUUUCUUUGGACCAGGAAAAGGCUUUUGACAGAGUCGAGCAUCGGUACCUGUGGAGGGUGUUGGAAAGGUUUGGUCUCGACUCUAGUUUUAUUGCCAAGAUUAUGGUUCUAUAUGAGAACAUUGAGAGUGUACUGAAAAUUAAUGGUUGUUUAUGUAAACCUUUUAAAGUCACAAGAGGUGUUCGACAAGGUUGUUCUUUGUCUGGAAUGUUAUAUGCUCUGUCUAUUGAACCACUGCUAAAGAAAAUCAGGUCAAAUAUUGAGGGACUGGUUUUUCCAAGUUGUAAUGUGUCUUUCACUUUAUCAGCGUAUGCUGAUGAUGUCAUUAUUAUUGUUAAAAACCAAGAAGAAGUGAAUCAUUUAGGUAGAAUUGUCGAGUUAUUUUGUAAAUUGUCAGCUGCUCGUGUCAACUGGGUUAAAAGUGAAGCUCUGGCUAUAGGAAGCUGGUUUAGUGGACUUCCUCAACUUCCAGGAGGUUUAAAAUGGAAAAGAGGGGGUUUGAAAUAUCUUGGGGUAUAUUUGGGAGAUGAGGACACAGAAAAAAAGAACUGGGAGGGAGUGAUGGAGAAAGUGGAGGGUAGGUUAGCGAAAUGGAGAUGGUUGCUACCGCAGAUGUCUUAUAGAGGGAGAGUGCUCAUUAUAAAUAAUUUAAUUGCUUCUUUAUUGUGGCACAAGUUAGCAUGUUUGGAGCCACCUGUUGGAUUACUAACUAAAAUUCAAUCUUGUAUGAUUAAGUUUUUUUGGGAUGACAAACAUUGGGUUUCCCAGGCUGUGCUUUUCUUACCUAAAGAGGAGGGUGGACAAGGAUUGGUCCAUCUAGAGAGCAGAACUGCUGCGUUCAGGUUACAGUUUAUUCAGAAAUAUCUCAUGGGGAGGGAGGAGGAUAUUUUGUGGAAGCCAAUAACAAGUAUUAUUUUGAAAAGAGUAGGAGGUCUUGGUUUAGAUGUUUCUUUGUUUUUGUUAAAUUGUAAAAUGUUAUUGUUGUAUGAAAUGCCAAUGUUUUAUAAAAGUUUGUUUAGAGCGUGGACGAUUUUUGAGUGGAAAAGAAUAGAACCAACUGUAUCUUUGUUUUGGCUUCUAGAGGAACCUUUAAUUUUCGAAGCACGUUUGGCGUUAGAAGAUAGAGUCGGAUUGUCCAGAAGACUGCUGCAGAAAAAAGUUCUGAAGUUAAGACACAUUGUGGAGACGGCUGGAUCAGGACUUCAAAACACAGAAGCGACGGCUUCUUUGCUUGGAUUGAAAUCGAUUCGAGUCAUGAGGACUAUUUUAGAUCUCUGGCUUGGAAAAUUGACUUUGGAUGAAAAGCAGAUGCUGGUGGACUUUUGUAAUGGAGAAGAACUCCCUGAUUCUAAGGAUCCGUUUCCAGAAAUGGGACUGAACAUUGAUUUCUCAGAAUUGACGGGCCAUCUCUUGAUCGCUCAAAAAGAUUUUGUUUUUUGUAUGUUGAUUGGAAAAUAUUUGUAUAAACUGGUUGUUCAAGGAUUGAAUAAGAAACAAUUAAGUGGAAGAACUGAUACUGUUUGGAGAGACAGGUUUAAAGUCGGGGAUAAUCAGAAACCAAUAUGGAGAGUUUUUUAUAAGCCCCCUUUGAGUAAGAGAGUAAGCGACCUUCAGUGGAGGAUUUUGCACGGUGCUAUAAGUGUUAACAGUUUUAUAGUUAAAUUUAGAAAAGAUUUAAAUGAAUUAUGUCCUUUUUGUGAAGAAGUAGAAACUAUUUUUCACAUGUUUCUUGAGUGUAAAAGACUUUCACCAUUGUUUUUCUUGUUCGAAGAUGUUUUUAAAAAAUGUGGUGUCUAUUGGUCUGAAGUAGCGUUUAUAUUCGGUGCAGGCUAUACAAAAAAGGAAUCUAGUAAGUGGAAUUUGUUAAAUUUUCUUAUUGGACAGGCAAAAUUUUCCAUUUAUAUUAGUAGAAGAAAUAAACUAAAUGGUGUUUUGGGGGAAAAUGUCGACAGGAUGUUUAUUCUGAUGGUAAAACAUAGAGUAAAAGCAGAAUUUAUGUUCUUUUCAUUGAUGAAUAACUUAAUGGAAUUUUUCUCUUUGUGGUGUUUUAAUAAUGUCAUAUGUUCUGUGUUUGAUAGAAAGCUAGUUUUCAAUUCAAUGUUUGCAUGAAAGAAUGAACUAAAUGCUGUCAAACUGUAUUUUUA